AUGUUCUUUUUUUGGCGAUGUGCAGUUAAUGAAUUCACAAAUGGUAACAGUGGUUAGAACAGAUAAUUGAGCCGCAUCCAACUUAACUUGAGUUGCAUCAAUUUUAUCAAUUUUACAGUAGAUUCAAAAUUACAUUCGAGCUGCCAUGUAAAAAAUCUUUUUUAUCUCUUUUGAUGCUUCUAGAUGCUUACGUAAACGCGCUGCUAGAAAUUGAAAACACUUUUGGUUCAUGAAAACAAAUAUUGUUGUUCAGCGGAGAAAACAAACGAGAUACGGGGCACGUGUUUUGGAUUUCGAAUAUUAACGACAGGUGACAACCGUAAUUAAAAUUUGGUUCUGAAAGAAGGGCUAAAAAGGAGGUCCAGCAGAAAUGGGGUUCCAGAAGAGUCCGGACAUUUCAUCGCUCUUCACAAGACUGUUGGCUGUGGUUCUGGUGCUGCUACUCUUCAGAUCCCGAGCAUCGUUCGUGUCGGCGGCAGCAGCAACCUUCACUUAUAACACUACAAUGACUACGUUUGACAGCAUUGGGUUCGAGGUGUCAGGUGUGCAGCCCAGCGAUGGGUUCAUGUCAAUCGAGCGGAACGGCACUCUGGCUUUUGUGGGUGUGCUGAACGAAUUCAUAAUUGACAACGGCUCCUUGGCCUUUGCUCCGACCUCAUCCGCCUCACUACAAUCCGCACAAUUCUACUUCUACGAAUUAUUCAACAACGCCUCAAUCUCAGAGGGCAACGCAACCAUGUGCACCGCACCCAGGCCGCCAGUGGGAGUUGCCGCCCAACUGGACGAUGAUGGCCUCGGUGUGAAGGUCUCGUUCGGAACGGACCCCCGGAAUCAGGCCCAGCUGAAUAGUUUCAUUGUUGAGGAGGUCAAUGGCACUGCAAUCACUCUCACUCCUGCUUUUCUAGGUUGGGACUCGGCGGCUGUGAACGUGACUGGACUGGACCGAUUCACCUGGUAUCAAUUCCGGGUGAGUCAGAGCUUCAACUGCACUGGCACAAAUGAACAGUUGCUCAGUGAUGGGACACUCUCAAAUUCCAUCCGUACAGCUCCCAACGUGCAACAAGUGAUGUCGGCUGUAGUCAAUCAAACUACUAUAGAAUUGACGUUCAACGUGUCCGAUGUUUCACCUGCCCUCGAGUUCCGACUCAUCAGAAACGGAGAGCUCUACCAGACGUUCGUCAAUGCAAACAUAUCUUCCAACACUUUUCUCGACACGGAGAUUGGAUCAACCUCGUUUUUGACCCCUGCCACCAACUACACCUACAGACUGGAUGUAUAUGACUCACAAAAUGACAUCACAGUCACCUCUGACUCAUUCUUGUUCUGCACAAGUCCGGCGCCACCGGACGAGCUGACAACUUCCAGUCUGAACUACUCGGCUUUCAAACUGUCGUGGGACCACCCAGACGGCGGGGGAUUGCCGGAUGUGUACGAGAUAGACUACUACAGUGCCACUGACACCGGAAACACCAAGGUCAAUGCCACUGUCAACACUACAGCAGAGAUAGGAGGUCUGCAGCCGGCGGAUGACUACACAGUGUCUAUUAUCUCCUACUUCAACUGUGCGGGUGCUCCUUGUGCCAAAAUGGGGGGCUCUUGUGUGCUGGCCAGUGACCAAUCAACUGAAGCUAGUUUUUCAACAGCGCCUUCUAAGCCGGAGAUCACAGCUCUGGAGAUCAGCUCUGCAACUGGAGAUGAUCAAAUUAUGGUGUCCUGGAUCAAAAACACAUCAGACAUCGUGACGACUCAAAGCGUCUUCAAAUGGAACAUACUGCGCAGCUCAGACGGCGGAUCGACCUACGAUACCAUAUUCGAAAAUGAGACUUACCUCACCGACUAUCAGUUCGACUCUGGCCUACUGCCAGCCACUCUCUAUUUCUACAAAGUGCAGAGUUUCUACAGAUCCGCCGCCUCAGUCGAGUCCAACGCCGAUACUGCUUGCACAUAUCCAACAAAACCUGAAAAUGUGGAGAUGAAUACAAUCAACUCUACCCACUUCGAAUGCUCGUGGAAUACCCCCACCGACAACGGAGACCAGCUGGCUUUCUUCGAAGUGGGCUACAAUGAGUUGUCUGGGGUGCUUGUGACGAAAGAUUCCUUCAGCAAUAUCACCUACAUAGGGGACCCUACUUUCCCCAACCAGAUUAUCCAUAAUGGAGGGGUCACUUGCUACGUCAGAUCCAUUGUCAACUGUUCCGACGAGGGCAAGUUGUUGAACAGCAGCUGGGCUUCCGCCCUCGGCUUCUUGGCGCCGGCAGUUCCGAGUGUGCGGAGCGAGCCUGUGUCCGACUCGGCCAUUCGAAUCCAGGUCGUCCCCAAUCAACUCAACUACGACUGGAUGAAUAUGACUGCCACUAUCUACAGAGACGGCAUAUCCAUCGCUGAAGACAUAGAAGCUCCCUGGAUAUUCGAAGACAAUCUGGACGUCGAACCGGGCAAGAUGUACUCGUACAGUGCCACUGUGGACCAGAACGGAAACCCCUCCAGUCAAUCAGCAGGGAAACUGGAAUGUGCCAAACCAGCCCAGCCGGAUCCAGACAGUGUGACGGCCACUGCUGUGAACACAACAUCAAUCACAGUCGCAUGGUCUAUCGACGACGGCGAAGUGGAUCACUUUUUGCUGAGCUCUCAGAAGGAAACUCAAGUAGAGUUUGACGCUCUAGUUGACGUCAUUCCAAAUGUGACCGACUAUGAGUUCACAUUUAGUAACCUGAGGGCAGGCAACUGCUACACUUUCGAAAUUCUACCAAUCAGAGACUGCAACACUUCCGAUUUGGAAGCAACAUAUUCAAAUGCGACCAAUUACACGGGAGAAGCCAUCACCGUAUCAGCUUGCGCACGUCCCCGCACCCCUGGACUGGAGGUGGGUCCGAGUGAGUAUGAGGAGAUGGUGAUUCACUUCAAUAUCACAGACAACGAGUACUCCUACCAACUAUGGAGGUCAUCGUCAGUGAAUGUGGAGCCUGAUUUCAAGCUGAACAUGUCAGAUGGAGAAGUGGGCAUCUUCCAUGACAGACAGGACAUAGAGGGGGGCUAUGUCUACUGCUACAAGGGCAGAGUGACCAAGUCAGCUGUCGAGUCAUAUGACUCACCAGUCGCUUGCAGUUGCUCAAUCCCGAAUCCAGUGACUGAUUUGGCAGUGGGCAACCAGACUGAUGAACAGGUGAUAGUGACCUGGCUCAGUCCAUCGGGUAACUUCACCUAUGCCACUGUGAAGCUGAACGACAUGGAGGCGAAUGUAACCGGUGGUGCAGAAGAGUUCAUAGCAGGAGACACGGCCAGUGGAAUGACACUAACGCCCAACACGCCAUACUCAGUCAAAGUAUUCUACUACCUCAACUGUCCGGUGAAUGGGGAAACCUAUAGGUCGCCGGAAACAUCUGUACUGGACCACACAAGUCCACAGCGACCAGUUAUGAUCCUCACUACUGGACCAGUGACCCCAUCGGUGAUGGGGGUACAGUUCUGGCUGUCAGAUGGAACGGGUGAGUUCCAGAUGAGGUUGGAGAGGGACGGAGGUGACGUGGAUCUGAACGUCUCCAAUCCAUACGUGGACACUUCACUCACACCCGCCACUGCAUACAACUACACGGGAUAUCUGAUCGGCAACAAUGGUGAAUUGAGUCCCCCCAGUCAGGUUGUUUUCCACUGCACUCAUCCUGAAGCCCCCCUCCAACUGCAAACGAGUACGGUGGAGCCCACCGCAAUUAGAGUGUCGUGGGAAAACCCCCCCAACUCACCGGACGGAUAUUACAUAACACUGGACCAGCUGCAAACUUCCCUAGUGACAGAGACUGUGAACACAAACAGAGUGGCAGCCUUUACCAUUGCCACCGGCGACUCUGCUCGAUAUGACAGUGGACCCCUGAACUUGACGGUAGACGCCGGAUCGGCCCUCGUUCCAGCCACUCAGUACAAAAUCAGCGUCACGGGGUGCAUAGAUUGUGACGUGACUGACUUCGAUGCACUGCAAGCGGACGAUUCGAUAGCCGCUGUGACCACAUCGCAAGAACUCUGCAGCCAAUUCGCAACACUGACUGCCCACACCAAGCCGGACAUUCCGACCUGCUACAUCGUAACUGAGGACAGCGCCACUCUCCAGUUGUAUAUCGAGCAAAGUGUGAAUGAUGGAAACAAAGUGGUGUUCAUGAUAACUAGAAAUGACCAGUCAAUUCCACUUGUGAACUUGACUGAAUAUCAGCUACCUUUUGAAGACAACACAGAUACAGUCCCAGGUACCGAGUACGUGUAUUCGAUUCACUCCGUCUACUUUGGCCAGAUAGGAGAUGUGGGUACUUGCGUGGGGUGCACCAAACCCCUGCCCCCCGUCAAUUUUGUGAGCACCCCAAUCUCCGACACUUCAAUUUCACUCACAUGGGACAACUCAGUGGCCAUCAGUGGCGUUGACUCUUACGAGGUCUCUCCCGGUCCCAACAGCUGGUCUGCAGCAGAUGCGUUGCUGGGCCACAAUUUCACAGGACUGGACCCCUCUUCCUGUUAUGACCUGUUGGUGAGGGCGAAAGUGGACUGCGACAAUGACACUAAUGCACCCAACAAGCCAGAGUACUCGGACCCAGUUAGCAACAGAGUCUGCACAAAACCCAGUCCUUGUCUAAUCAAAACGGUGAACGAGUUAGGCUUGAACAUCUUCAACUACUCGACGAAGAUGGCCAUUUCAAUGGAGACUGAAGCAGUGCACUCGUACAGCAUUUACAGAGACGGAGAGUCAUUCAUAGAGGACAUACCCAACACUGAGCCAUACUAUUUGGACGAUGAGAUACUGGCGGGCAGCGCCCACUGUUACCAGUGUUCUGCCACGCUCCAUGCUACGGCGUGGUCGUUAGACGUCGACGGUGAGCCGGGAACGCCAGUGUGUGGCUGCAGUCGACCGGGCGAGCCCAUCCGGGUCGACUUUGUCACUCUCUCUCCCUUCCGAGUGCAGAUCACGUGGGCUGCUCCCGGCAACAACGACAACUACAAUUGGUUCCACGUCAAGGACUCCAACGAACGAAUAGAGGUGGAUAUUGAGGAUGAGUUCUUGGAGUGGCCGGUGCUUCUGGAGCCGAGCACCCCCUACCAGUUCAAAGUAAGAACAGUGCUGAGGUGCAACUACACAGGACAGAAUCUGACCUCGGAAUGGGUGGCAGUCACCGCAUACACUUCCCCAGGCAUACCCAUCCUCAAACAGGUGGGAUGGGGCACUGACUUCAUUGCUCUGGACGUGGAAAACAGCCGCCAGUAUGACUCGAUCAGGCCCCCACCCGGUGGUGAAGGUGGAGACAUUUUCCGUGUCGCAGAGUGAAAUCCAGAUCACUUGGGAGCCCUUUGGGCAACACAGCGACGGGGUCAAGUUCAACUUGUACAGGUACCACAAUGGGUCCAACGACUACGAGCAGAAAUUUGAGGACUUAAACAUCAAUCAACUGCCAUUCAUUGACACAGGUUUGCUUCCUGCCAGUCUCUAUACAUAUGAGGUGUCUGUGAUUCAUCUGGGCAUCGAGAUAUUCGACCAGAGUCGAAUUGAGCUGCAGAGAGAAUACUUCCGUGGAAACGCUUCCAUGGUCACUUUGAACGACACAGUUGCGGUUGCCUAUUAUAAUACCACCAACAGAGAGGCUGCUUGGAGGGGAACUUCUUUCAGUGGAUAUGACCCGACCUUCACGAAUGUCUACGAGGAUAUUUCGGCCAGACAUAACAUACGCCAUAUUUACUUCCGAGAGAAAACUGCCUGCACCUAUCCACCAAACCCUUCCAGUAUUUCGUGGUUUGCCGACACUCACACGAGUACCGGUAUCACGUGGUCUGUUCCGGACUACUCCCAGGCACAGAGUGGAAGACAUCCAGUGUAUGGCUCUAUAAACACUACCGUUUACCUCUUUGUCAAUGGCGAACUGCAACAUACUCUGCCAGAGGACUACUCAACAACACAGCACAUUUUCACAGAUCUGCCCAAUCCGAAAGCAGCUUACACGUGCGAAGUCGCUGUGGGGCUCACUUGUCCAGAUGACAAAAUUCUCCUAGAUGUUCAGGACUAUGGCAAUUAUAACUUCCAGAACGGACCUCCUCCUAUUUUGUUCGAAUACAUCAACAACACCGAAAGAAAUUUGACAGCAGAGGAUGUUUUGAUGAGUUAUGACAGCACCACUUCGAAUCAACGAGUGCAAAUACCCUGUUACACAAGGCCGACACCUGUCACAAUUCUGAGCAUUCAGCCGGGAGAGACCGAUCCCACGACUGAACUGACAAUCAACUACUCCCGACCAGAAACAGAGGUGAAAUACGAGGCCAAAAUAACCACGGAGCUCUCUGAGUCGCCUCCCAACAUCCAGAACCGGACUAUCUACCAGAAUGAGACCCUGGACUUCGUUACUUUCGGUGGCCUGGUGCCUGGACAGGCUUACAACGUAGAGUUGAGAUGCUUCUGGCAGCCAACUGACACUCAAUACACAAUCUACAGUUUAGUGUCGCCAUACCAGAAUACCACUGACUAUGUGACCUUGACAAAUAAUGGACAGGCUGCUGAGUUCGACCCCGUCUAUGGAUGCACAGACCCUGGAUACCUGGAGAACUUUGAAUAUUUUGGAGUGGACAACCAGACCGUGGGCGUGUCCUUCUUGGCCCCCCUGGGCGUCAGCAGACAAUACUACUUCCAAAUCAGCCCUCAAUUUUCCAGCGGAUACGAGCGUAAUUUGACCUCAAACCACUCAAUGUACGCCGUGCAAGGGGAGGAGUUCGAGGCCACCUACGACGGUUUUGGCGCCUGUGAGAGAAUCGACAUCAAUGUCUCGAGUGAGAGUGGCUGUGGGGCUAUUCUGUCCCGCCAGUACACCCACGUCUCGGUCUUCACCUAUACAACGCCCAAUACCCCAUUUUGGGUUCCGGAGACCAGUACUUCCGAUUCUAACUCGGCUAUUACUCUCACUUGGAAUGACACGAAUGUUCCGACAUGCCCCACCCGCUUCAUGGUGUACCGGGACGGAGUGGCCUCUUCGGAUCCCGACAACAAUGGCACCUCCAAGUCCAUGACGGACGACACCGGACUGACUGCCGGCACCACCUACGAGUACAGAGUGUCAGCCUCCGCGUACGGAGAGACCAGUCCCCCUUCCGACAUCAUGGUCAUUUGUACUAAGCCUGACCCACCUGACUUUCUGGCGUAUGUGAGUAGUGACCUUGGCUCUUCGUUCACUGUGGGAUGGAGGGACCCGGUAGCGGGCGAAGUGGACGGCUUUCUACUCAGUGACAACCAGGGACACAGCAACAUGCGAGUUAUCGGAAAUAGAUUCAAGUACAACGACAAACCGCCAGGUGCGGAGUUUACAGUGUCUGUCAAUAUGCAGUCCUACUUGGAGUGUGACGUCACGGGGGUGGAGCCAAUCAGAGAGCUAGUCAGUGACUCAUCAUACAUCUCCAGUCUCACUGUUGUAGUCACGGCUCCUAUGAGGCCCAUAUUGUUGAAACACUCCUCGACUGCGGAGACGACCUUCGUGAUGCAGUUAGACGUGCCGAGAGGCCUCGUGUCCCGAAUCCGAAUCAGAUCGAAUCUGGCUCUUCCAACUGACCCGUUGAGUGAGGAGGGUCUGCUGACGUCACUGAGUGACGCAACCAAUAAUGACUACAUGUUCUACCCCCACGACCAGUCAGUGGACGGACCCACCUUCCUCGUCACAUUCAACGACCUCCCGGAUGAUGGGACCAAGUACAAGUUCGAGGUGUUCGGUUUGUUUGACGGAAGUAUCGAUGCAGAUGAAGCUUCGAAGCCCGCUGGCAUUUCCUACAAAUACAAAAAACCCAAUAGACUGCUGGGUCUUCCAGUGCACGAGGGGGCCAUACUGCUGGCGGCCAUCAUCAUUCUCGCCCUCAUUCUGCUGGCGGCACUGGUGGUCGGAGCAAUCGUGCUAAUCGCCAAAAUUAUCAGCAUAAAGUCGACCGCAUCCCAGGCAAACAACGCUGCGGCGGAAAAUGAGCCCCCGAAAGAGGUAGACUUCGGUAUCAACCGAACUUACGACCUCAGGACGGAAUAUCUGGCUGCCAGAAUCCAGGUUCUCAAUGCCCAGCCAGCACCUUAACUUGACCCCAGAAUCAACAUCAAUCAACGCUCCAUCCCCCCAACACUCUUCCAUUCGACUACACCAGGAUUGAAUUGGACAAAGUCAAUCAAAAAGUAUGAACAAUUAAUUUAGCAUUUGAUUACAAAUGAAAUAUAAAAAUAUCAUGAUUGAAUUUUAUUAUACCUAACUAUCAAGUUUUGAACGUUCCUAAAUUGAACUUGAAUAGAAAUACAUGGUUCAAACUAUUGAAGAAAUUUAUUUAUCAACGUUCACAACUUGAUCCAAAAAUCAAUAAAUAAUCGCUGGUGGAAAAUUCUUGUUAUCAGGGCAGCUUCCAGAAUAAAAAAAACACUGAAAUCUGAUUUGCAUGCGAUUUUCUUGCCUUUUGAAGCCUAUGUAAGAUGAAUCUGUAAAAUAUUGUACAUAAUAGAAAAUGAAAAAGAUCUGAUUUAGAAAAUAGAUUAUUGAUGCUUU